AUAGUGCAUGUGUGACUUUAUAAGUAUAGCUGCAUUAUUUGCUGUGGGGCAUAGGGGGAAGCAUGUCUGUCCAGAUACGGAGUAAAGAUAAAGUAGAUGCAGCCGUUUGCCUCUUUUGAUUGGCUGCCUCAUACACGUUGUGGAAGAAACCAGGAAAAGAAACAACUACACAUUGUUACAUGGAGCAGGGCAAUGACAUGAAGAGUCCGAGUCAGUGCAGACAGAGGACCAUCUCGUUGCAAAGUCCCCUGGGAAAGAUCCAAGUCAGCGGAUGUGAAAAUGGUGUGCACACCAUCCAGAUCCUAAUGGAUGUUCCACCUGCAGUAAGAAGUGACGACGCCUCCCUAAGCUGUGUGGUCACUGCUAGCAAUAGCCAAGAGGAAAUGGGCCCAGAGUUGCAGCACUGCGUGGAAUGGCUUCGGGCCUACUUCAGCGAGCCGUGGGCCGUGGGGAGGCUCCCACUCCCAGUCUUUCACCACCCCACCCUGCAUGGAGAUGCCUUCACCAGCCGGGUUCUGCAGACUCUUGUGCGGGACGUGAAGGUGGGAGAGACGGUGUCGUAUAAGCGGCUGGCUGAGAUGGCAGGAAACCCCAGGGCCGUGAGAGCUGUGGGAGGGGCCAUGAGGAGGAACCCGGUGCCUCUUCUCAUCCCCUGCCACCGCGUCAUCUCCAGCAGUGGUCAGAGUGGGAUGUACAUGGGCGGCAAAGGUAACCAUCUCAAACAAUGGCUGCUCACCCACGAGAAGGUCAAAGAGGAAGACUGAAGCACAAUGAAGUGAUAUAGUAAGACCAGUGUGGGAUUAUAUUUUACAAAGCAGGGUUGACGUGUUAUCCAGACAACUUCUAUAACCAUUCUGAAACCACUGUACUUCCUGAAACAGCUUUCUUUGUGUUAUAUGAGAGAACACCAACUGUUAUUUCUGACUGUUUAUCACCGUAAGCAAGCUAACUCCUUUAUCCUGCUUUGUGAAAUACAACAGGAAGCGAGAUGCGAUGUCAACAAUGAACCACAGCUGAGGAAACCUGUGCAUAGUUGCGUGACAUGUGCACAUGGGGCGGCUUCACAAUUGAAAUGUGUGUCAGCUGUGCCUUAUUUAGAAAAUGCUGUCUAUAACCCAAGGGAGAGCUUUCAUGUUUUCAUUUUAUAUCUGCUUCUGUUCUGCUUUGUCCGACUGUCCAGUCUGUGUUCUAAUUGAAUUCAUGUGAAAGAAUAAAGUGGAGGUUUAAGGGAGUGGCGGUGUUCGGGGGGUUAGUUUAGAGGCCUCAGUCUACCCCCCCUAGUGGGCCCUCAGUUUUAGAACGGCGGUAACAACGCUUUCUGCAUUCCGGCAGCACAGUGAAAUAGAUUCUAACUAUACUGCAGCGGGACAAGAUAAGACAAUCACACCCAUAAAGAACAACUAUGUUUAUGCCAAUACUACUGCUCUUAUGUUCUACUAAUCAUACUGUAUAGUUAAUGUUGGUCUGAAAUUAGAAGGCACUAAAAUAACUUUAACAUUGAACAUUAGGAAUUACAAACAUAUGUUCCCAUGGGUGCCAGUUUGGGUUGCCAGUUAUUGUUGGAAUGGUUUCUCUAAAUAAUUAUUUCCCCAAAAAUAUGUCACUUGAAUCGUUUUCCUCCCUAUGCUAAAUCACUCUUUGUACCUUUUCAUUGGUUAUUGUAUUUCCUGCCAAGCGAAUGCUUUGUUCAACAUCCAGGAAAAAGGCUUGAAAUUGUUUGUGAUUCAUUAGUUUUUCUUUAUUUAAGAUUCACCUACAACGACAGUGUUGAAAUUUAUUUUUAUUUUUCAUAAAUACAUUUGUUUCAAAAGCUUCA